AUGGACCCAGUGAAAGCUUGCUCUAUAAAGCUGAAUGAUGGACACCUCAUGCCUGUGUUGGGUUUUGGCACCUCUGCUCCUAGUGAGGUUGCAAAGAGUAAUGUAGAAGAGGCCAUCAAGACAGCAAUCAAUGUAGGCUACCGCCAUAUUGACUCAGCUUAUUUGUAUCUAAAUGAAGAAGAGAUUGGGAGGGCCAUCCGGAAGAAGAAUGCCGAUGGCACGGUGACGAGAGAGGACAUAUUCUACUCUUCGAAGGUGUGGGGAACCUUCUUCCGUCCAGAAUUGGUUCAAACUGGCCUGGACACGUCCCUGAGGAAGCUUGGGUUGAGCUAUGUGAACCUUUAUCUCAUUCAUUUCCCAGCCGCUUUGAAGCCUGGGGAGGAACUUUUUCCAAAGGACAAAGAUGGAGAAAUCAUUUUUGACACAGUGGAUUUCUGUGCCACAUGGGAGGCCGUGGAGAAGUGUAAGGAUUUAGGGCUGACCAAGUCCACUGGCGUGUCCAACUUGAGCUGCAGGCCGCUGGAGAUGAUCCUGAACAAGCCAGGGCUCAAGUACAAGCCUGUCUGCAACCAGGUGGAAUGUCACCCUUACCUCAACCAGAGCAAACUCCUGGAGUUCUGCAAGCCCAAGGACAUCGUCCUGACCGCAUAUGCUGCCUUGGGGUCUGACUCCAGGAAGGAAUGGGUGAACAAGAACACCCCCAUUCUCCUGAAGGAUCCAGUGCUCAAGGCCAUUGCCGAGAAGCACAGGUGCACUCCUGCCCAGGUGGCCCUGAGCUUCCAGCUGCAGUGGGGUGGGGUGGUGGCCUUGGCCAAGAGCUUCAAUGAGAAGAGAAUUCAGGAGAACUUCCAGGUUUUCGAUUUCCAGCUGACACCAGAGGACGUGGAAACUCUGGACGGCCUAGACAGAAACAUUCGCUAUUUUACAGAUAUCCAGCGCCCCCGAUGUUCCCCCGCCGCCUACCCUGAGCUGGCCCGUGCGCUCUUGCUGUCCGUUUCCGUCCUCAAGCCUGGGUUUCACGACUCCCACCCCCGGACGGCACCCCCAAGUAGCGCCUCCAACCCACAGGCGGGGGAGCGGCGCCCCCUGCCGCCAGAGCCGCGAAUGCGCCGGCGCCCCCCGCGGACCCGCUUCGAAAUCCUCCCACGCAGGCGAGGCCUGGGGUCGCAGCUGGGGUCCCUGCCUACUCAUCGACAGUCCUUGCCCUCGUGCUUUGCAGAGGGUUCUCAGAUGUGCACAGUGCGACAGAACCUGUGGGCCGCCCGCGCUUGGCCCAGCUGA